AUGGACGUCGUCCUAAACUACCUCGAUGACCACUGGUUGGACUCGGUCUACACCACCCUCUUCCCCUCGUCGUUGGCCAACAUCGGAGUCGAUGCGUCGACAACAAUAACAGACUCGCCGACGUUGUCGUUGUUCCCUCGGGACAGCAUCAUCCGACAGCUCGUCUCCCUCUUCUUCCUCGCCUGGUCAUCCUCCUUCUUGCUCUACAUGGGCGUCUCUAUCCUCUCCUACUAUUACCUGUUCGACCGUCGGCUGGAACAUCACCCCCGGUUCCUCAAGAACCAGAUCAAGAUGGAGAUUGACAUGUCACUCCGCUCGCAACCCAUCAUCGCCGCCCUCAUCGUGCCCUGGUUCGUGGCAGAGAUCAGGGGCAAGACUUUGAUGUACGACAACUUCAGUGAUUAUGGAGCCGGGUGGUUCCAGGGGACCAUGGCGGUCUUCUUGUUGUUUACCGAUUUCUGCAUCUACUGGAUUCACCGGUGGUUGCAUAUCCCGGCGAUCUACAAGAGGCUGCACAAACCUCACCACAAAUGGGUCGUACCUACCCCUUUCGCCUCGCUCGCUUUCCACCCCCUGGACGGAUACGCCCAGUCGGUACCUUACCACCUCGUCGUCUUUAUCCUCCCCGUGCAUAAAUGGAUCUACCUAGGGUUGUUCGUCAUCAUCAACCUGUGGACCAUCGUCAUUCACGACGGAGACAUGAUUUCGGGGCAUUUGUUGGAAAAGUACAUCAACUCGCCGGCGCACCACACGUUGCAUCACAUGUACUUUACUUGCAACUACGGUCAAUACUUUACCUGGGCAGACUCGUGGGGAGGUUCUUACCGCCCACCUCGACCCGACCUCGACCCCAUUCACGACGCCAUCAAGAAUAUGGAACGUAAACGCAAACUCGCCGAAAAGGACCAGCAGCGUAUCGAGGCUUCUGCCGCUUCCGCCUCUGCGACCGCGGACGAGCGGGUGACGGUCGUCCUCGAUGGCGCGGAUAGCGAUUCGGGGUACGAAGGGAGCGAGGCCGAGGGCGAGGAGGUCGCCAAGUGGGCAGGGAAGAAGCAGGGUGGAGAUGGGGAGGUACGGAGACGGAGAUGAUGCGCUGGUUGUGAGGGGGUUCGGUCGGUCGAAACGAUGAGCGUCACAUUGUGAUCUCUCGGCUUGAUCGGCUGGCUCCCUUGCUUUGGCCCUUGGUUCACAAUUUUACGACCUUUCUCGACUUUGGACAUCACGCUAUAUUACCCAUAAUUCUCCUUCUCCUUCCUGGCAACGCAACAACCACUUGAUCAGCGUCGGCUCACCCCCUUCGAUGCGCCUUCAUCCCAAACCUCUCUACGGGAUCCCACUCGGUACGGACGGAUCUCGUUGUCUCGAUAAUAGUAGAACUCGCAGUAUCCGUCUUCGUAUCUUUCCCGUCUUCGUGUACCCCCUUAUGCCCCCUCUCCGUCACCAUCGACGAGAAACAGAAUGAAAUCUAGAUGUCCAGUUUGAA